AAGCCCAUGGACUAAAGAAUUCCACUUGCUUAAAAUCCAGGGUUUUGUUUUGUUCGACUAAACCCUAGGAUCCUCAAAUUCCCUUUCUCUGCAAUCCAUGGCGAAGAACAGAAACAAGAAGAAGAGAAGCGGCGAUGUUUCCAUGGACAUCACCGAACCAACCCUUUCAGAUAUUCCUCAAGGAAUGGACACAUCGGAAUCUGUGCCGCAAAAGCCGGUUUCCGGUGUAACUACAAGAAAGGUGAAGGGAAGACCAAUGAAAAGAUCAAAAAAUGUUCGAAAGAUGAAAGCUAUAGCGAAAGCUAUUUCAAAAAGUGAGAAGUCUGUUGAGAAAGUCAUGAAGAAAGACGGCAAGACAGCCAGAACUCAAUCUGCCAAGUUGCUGUAUGACUGAAUGAUGUAGAAAGUUAUGUCUUGUAUACUGAUGUUCGUAGAUUCCUCUGUUAUAAUGAAGUAUGAUUCAAUAUAAUCCAUUCUUUUGCCUCA